AUGUCAAUCACUGAAGUUCCUUUAAAUUGGUAUUUACAACAAAAGAAAUUAUUACAAAAUAAAGAAUUAACAAGAAAAUGGUUUAUAAGAAUAACUAGUAGUAUUUAUUCAUUACAUCAAGAAUCAAUUGGUCAUGGAUCAUUAUCAUUAAAACAUAUUUUUAUUAAAGAUGAUGAAAUAAAAUUAGCAUUUUUUGAUUUAAUUACACCAAUAUCAACAGUAAUAGCAAAAGAUUUAAUUUCAUUAAAAAAAUUAUGGAUUAUUUUAGGAUGGUAUUAUUUCUAUGAAAAUAUUAAAGAAAGUGAAUUAGAGAAAUCAUCAUUUUUAACUAAAUUACAAAUUAUCUUUCCUGAAACAAUUAAUAUUCAAAAAGCAAAAAGUGUAGAAGAAAUAAUGUCUAUAAUUCAAUCAUUUGAUCCAAAAACGAAACAACUUUUUCGUAAUUUAUUAACAGAACAACCUUUUCUUUUUACAUUAACAGAAUAUUUUAAUCAACAAAAAAAUAUUAGUCAGAAAGUUAAUGAAUAUAAACCAUAUUUUACUACAAUUGAUGAUUUAUAUUGUAAUAAUUGUACUUUUGUUCCUGCUGAUAUAAUUUCAUCUUGUCAAUAUACAAAAAAUAAUAAUAUUUAUUUAGCAUCAAAUGGAUGUCUUUAUAAAUUUAAUAUAACUCCAAUCUCUAUCAUUUGUAAUAAUGAUUCUCCUUUUAUUUAUUCUCCUUUUAUCAAAAAUAAAUCAUAUGGAAUUGAAAUGUCAAGUACAAAUAAUAAUAGAAAUACAUUUUCUGAUGUUCUUUUAAAAACUUUAUUUUUAUCAAGAUCAGUCUUAGUAAUGAUAGAUGGAUCAGCAUAUUCACUUCAUUAUAAUUUCCCAACUUAUCUUAUUGAAUUAGCAAAUGCAUUUAAUAUUCAAGUUGAUGUUUAUCAACCUUAUAAUUAUUUAUAUUCUCAACUUAAAAGUUUAUCAGUUACUAUUCCUCUAUUAAAACAAAUAUUAAAUACUAAUGAAACAUCAAAAAUAAUUAAAUUAAUGGAAUUAAAUCCUAAAUUAAAGAAAUUAAAAACAAUUAUUAAAAAUAAUACAAUUUCUUCUCUUCUUGUUAAUGAUGAAAGUUAUUUAUGUUUUGAUGUUUUCUGUACUGAAUGUAAAUCAAUUAGAACAUGUCCACAUGCAUUUUUAUGUUGUAUUAAAAAUUUAAAUGAUGGUACAAUUGUUGGAUAUGCUACAACUAUUGAUGUUUUAUUAGAACCUAAUUCAUCUAAUCAAUCAUCAUUUUCAACAUAUGAAAAUACUACUUUAAAAUAUAUUUCUAAUUCUGUUGAACAAAAACUAAAUUCACCAAUUACUCAACAAAUAAUAAAAGAAGAUAUCACCCAAAGAACUAGACAACAAUCAUCAUCUAAUAGAAAAAUUGAUUCAAAAUUAAUUAAACAAAAUACUUUUAUUAAUUCAAAUGAAACACAAAAACUUACUCCAUCUUCUCAUUUAUCAUCAACUCCAUUGUCUGGUUGUUAUUAUCCACUAGAAAAACAUCAAGAAUCAAUAAGAAAAAUAGAUGAAACAAAUUAUGGAUUUGUAUGUGAUUUAGUUGUUUAUUCAAUCCAACCAACAUCACAACAUGAAUAUACUUCUCAAAUAAUGAUAAUUUCAAGUAUAAAAAGUGUAGAACCAUUAAAAUUAGCACGUAAUUUAAGAAGUGAAGGAUUUAUAAUUCAAACAUUAUUUAAAGAAGAUAUUAAAAUGGAAGAGGCAAAAAAAAUAAUAAAAGAUUAUAAUUGUGAUAGGUUGAUUCUUUUUGAUGGAGGAUUUAAAAUUAUCAAUGAGGAUGAAAUAAUUGAAAUAAAAAAUAUUAAUGAAGUUGUUUUAGAAAUUAAAUCUGGAAAUCCAAUUAAUUUUGAAUACACAACACUAAACAAAGUAGAUAUUGGAAGUAUUAUGUAUAAUGAAACAUCAAUUAAAGAUAUGCAUCCAGAAAUUAUCAAAGCUAUGAUUAUAUCUUUUGAAAAUGAAGAUAUUUUUAUUAAAAAAUAUCCAACAAUCAAAAAAUCUUUUGAAACAAACCAAAAUACAAAAGAAUCACCACAAGUAAUGAUCAUUCUUAAACAAUAUGAUGAGGAAUAUGUUGAAUUUAUUGGAAAGAAGAAGAAAAAGAAAUAA